AUGGUUCUGAAGAAACUCAGGGAAGAGCAGUUGUGUGCGAAAUUUUCUAAAUGUGAGUUUUGGAAGACCCGAGUUGUAUUCUUGGGACACGUGAUCUCAGGUGAGGGUAUCUCAGUAGAUCCAGAGAAGACCAGAGUCGUGAUGGAUUGGCCGAGACCGAUGACAGAGACGGAGAUUCAGAGUUUUCUUGGCCUUGCCGGGUAUUAUCGACGGUUCAUAGAAGGCUUUGCACGGCUUGCAUCACCUCUGACGAAGUUGACAAGGAAGGGCAUCAGAUUUAGUUGGGACGAGUCUUGUGAGAGAUCCUUCCAAGAGUUGAAGCGGCGUUUGACAUCGACACCAGUGCUGAUGAUACCCAGGAGUGAGUUGGCGACCGUAGUAUCUGCUCUGAAGAUUUGGAGGCAUUAUCUUUAUGGUGAGAGAGUCCAGAUAUACACUGAUCACAAGAGCCUUAAGUACCUUUUUUCACAUAAGGAACUUAAUAUGAGACAACGCCGUUGGUUAGAGCUGCUCAAAGAUUAUGACUGUGAGAUCCUCUAUCACCUAGGUAAAGCUAAUGUGGUAGUAGAUGCUUUAAGUCACCGUGGAGCUUCAGUUGCAGCUAUGAUGGUGCAGGAGUAG